CUCGGAAAUCUGCUUCAAACCCUUGAAAGUGAAAACAGCAACAAACAACGACGAACGAGCAACAUCCCGAACGAUUUCCGGCCGCAGGACACCAUAUAUCACUCUCCGAUCCAAAUUGUACCAAGGUUUCGAGAUCCAAUUGCAAUCAUGCCAACGGAGCCGGCAGCCCCAACUCAAGAAGUAAAGCGCAAAGCUGCGCGUGAAGUAAUCGACAUCCUCCACGACAUCGCAACGCUUCUCAAUACGCAUCUCGACCGCCAGCAACUAUCGUACUGCGUCUCACUCAUCGAGAACGGCGCGAACCCGGAAGCACUCGCGGUACGUUCUUCCUCCGUCAACUCCCUCCCUCAUGUCGUGUGCACGAACACAGAAGGAUGCCCAGGCAUGCCUAUCGUGAUCCAUGCAUGCCACGCCGCAAGCUAUCAAGCAAACCAACGAGCAAGCUCCAGACGCAACCCUCGCGCGUGA